AUGGCCAAGUGUCCCAUCAAGCACGCCAACAUCGGAGGCGGCGGCACCAAGAACCGCGACUGGUGGCCCGACGAGCUCAAGCUCAACAUCCUCCGCCAGCACACGGCGGCUACAAACCCCUACAGCAGCGAGUUCGACUAUGCGGCCGCCUUCAAGAGCCUCGACUAUGAGGGCCUCAAGAAAGACCUGCACGCGCUGAUGACGGAUUCGCAGGACUGGUGGCCCGCCGACUUUGGCCACUACGGCGGUCUCUUCAUUCGGAUGGCGUGGCACAGCGCCGGUACCUACCGUGUCUUUGACGGCCGCGGCGGUGGUGGCCAGGGCCAGCAGCGCUUUGCCCCCCUCAACAGCUGGCCCGACAAUGUUAGUCUCGACAAGGCCCGCCGCCUGCUGUGGCCCAUCAAGCAAAAGUACGGCAACAAGAUUUCGUGGGCCGAUCUUCUGCUCCUCACCGGAAACGUCGCCCUCGAGUCCAUGGGCCUCAAGCCUUUUGGCUUCGCCGGUGGCCGCCCCGAUACCUGGGAGGCCGACGAGUCGGUCUACUGGGGUGGCGAGACGACGUGGCUGGGCAAUGACGUCCGCUACUCGAACGGCAAGGUCGGCCCCGGCGCACACGCCGUGCUCGAUGGCGACGAGUCCAAGAAGGACCACACCGACAUCCACUCGCGCGAUCUCGAGAAGCCGCUCGGCGCCGUCCACAUGGGUCUAAUCUACGUCAACCCCGAGGGACCCGACGGCAUUCCCGACCCUGUCGCCUCGGCUCGGGACAUCCGCACCACCUUCGGCCGCAUGGCCAUGAACGACGAGGAGACGGUUGCCCUGAUUGCCGGGGGACACACGUUCGGCAAGACACACGGCGCAGGCCCUUCGGACAACGUCGGCGUGGAGCCGGAGGCGGCUUCCAUCGAGCAGCAGGGCCUCGGCUGGAGCAGCAAGUUCCGCUCCGGCAAGGGCCCCGACGCCAUCACCAGUGGCCUCGAGGUCACCUGGACCUCGACCCCAGCCAAGUGGAGCAUGAGCUAUCUCGAGUAUCUGUUCAAGUUCGAGUGGGAGCUUACCAAGAGCCCGGCUGGUGCCAACCAGUGGGUUGCCAAGAACGCCGAACCCAUCAUCCCCGAUGCUUUCGACCACAACAAGAAGCACCUGCCCACCAUGUUGACGUCUGACCUUGCGCUCAUCCGCGACCCCGCGUACGAGAAGAUUUGCCGCAAGUUCCUCGCCAACCCCGAUCAGUUCGCUGACGCCUUUGCUCGUGCCUGGUUCAAGCUUCUGCACCGUGACAUGGGCCCGCGGUCUCGCUGGCUCGGCCCCGAGAUUCCGUCUGAGGAGCUGAUCUGGGAGGAUCCCAUCCCAGCUCUGAGCCAUGCCGUCAUUGACGAUGCCGACAUCGCUGCCCUCAAGCAAGAAAUUCUGGCCACCGGUGUCGAACCCUCCAAGCUUAUCUCGACCGCCUGGGCGUCGGCCUCGACGUUCCGGGGGGGCGACAAGCGCGGUGGCGCCAACGGUGCUCGCAUCCGCCUUGCCCCCCAGAAAGACUGGGAAGUCAACAACCCGGCCCAGUUGGCCGAGGUUCUCAAGGCCCUGGAGGGAGUCCAGCAAAAGUUCAACGCUUCUGCGUCGAGCGGAAAGAAGGUUUCCCUGGCCGAUGUCAUCGUGCUCGCAGGUUCAGCAGCGCUCGAGAAGGCCGCUGGUGUGUCGGUUCCCUUUGCACCCGGCCGCAAUGACACUUCCCAGGAGCAGACAGAUGUCGAGUCGUUUACGCACCUCGAGCCGGUCGUAGAUGGAUUCCGCAACUACGGCAAGGGGGCAUCCCGUGUGACCACGGAGCAGUUCCUCGUCGACCGGGCUCACCUCCUGACCCUCACAGCCCCCGAGCUGGCUGUCCUGGUCGGUGGCCUGCGCGUCCUCGGUGCCAACUACGAUGGCUCCUCUCACGGCGUUUUCACCACACGCCCAGGCAAGCUGACCAACGACUUCUUUGUCAAUCUCUUGGACACCAACACGACCUGGAAGGCCACUAAUGGCGAGAUCUACGAGGGAUCGGACCUCAAGACGGGAGCGAAAAAGUGGACCGCCACCCGUGCUGAUCUCGUGUUUGGCUCGCACGCGGAGCUGCGUGCCAUUGCCGAGGUCUAUGGCAGCGCGGAUGGGCAAGACAAGCUCGUCAAGGAUUUCGUGGCGGCGUGGGUGAAGGUCAUGAACCUUGAUCGUUUUGAUCUGAAGCAUGCGACCGCCGCUUCAAACCCCAAACUCUAG